CACUAAAUAUGCUUUACAAUACCCAAGAGAACCCUUCAUUUUCCUAAAUAGGAGAGAGAGAGAGAGAGAGAGAGAGAGAGAGAGAGGGGAAAAAGGAGUGAUGGAGGUGGAGAGAGUCCAAGCCGUAGCUACACUGUCCAAAUUUAUGGACACGAUCCCGGCCGAGUACGUCCGGUCGGAGAAUGAGCAACCCGCGAUCACCACCGUGCGGGGGAAGGUGCUGGAGGUGCCGGUCAUCGACCUCCUCGGCGGCGACACCGAGGACGAGGGAGUGGCGGCGGUGGCCGCGGCGGGCGGGGAGUGGGGGUUGUUCCAGGUGGUGAACCACGGGAUACCGAACGAGGUGAUACGGAACCUACAGAGAUCCGGGAGGGAGUUCUUCGAGCUGCCGCAGGCGGAGAAGGAGGUGUACGCCAGGCCCGUGGAUGCCAAGAGCGUGGAAGGGUACGGGACUAAGUUGCAGAAGGAAGUGGAAGGGAAGAAAGGGUGGGUUGACCAUUUGUUUCACAAGGUUUGGCCUCCCUCUGCCAUUAACUACAAGUUUUGGCCCAACAACCCUCCUUCUUACAGGGAAGCUAAUGAGGCGUACAUCGAGAAGUUGCGGCCAGUGGCGGAUAAAUUGUUCAAAUGGUUAUCAAUAGGGAUAGGGCUGGAAGGGCAUGAGAUGAAGGCCGCAGUGGGUGGCGAUGAAAUUAUAUACAUGAUGAAGAUCAACUAUUACCCACCAUGCCCCCGCCCCGACCUUGCCCUAGGAGUGGUGGCCCACACCGACAUGUCCACCCUUACAAUUCUUGUGCCCAAUGAAGUCGCGGGACUCCAAGUCUUCAAGGAUGACCGUUGGUAUGAUGUCAAGUAUAUCCCUAAUGCUCUUAUUGUCCAUAUCGGAGACCAAAUCGAGAUACUAAGCAAUGGAAAGUACAAGGCUGUACUGCACAGAUCAACCGUAAACAAGGAGACAACGAGGAUGUCGUGGCCAGUGUUCUUAGAACCACCACCGGAGCUUGAACUUGGGCCGAUUCCAAAGCUCAUCGACGACGAAAAUCCACCCAAGUACAAGACCAAGAAAUACAACGACUAUGUUUACUGUAAGCUGAACAAGCUUCCUCAGUGAACUCUCUCCCUUGACUUUUGCAUUAGUGCCGUCUUGUUUGUGUUAGAACUGAUGGUGUUUUGGCCCAAACUUCUUGCUGUUGUGGUACUUAGAAUAAGAGCAGUUUUGCAGUUUGUCAAAUGUACUUUUUAGUUUGAGAAAUGAAGCGAUGUGUGGAUUUGUUU